UGUCCUAAAUGAGAAGAAAAAAUGUGGGAAAAGGCAAUUUGAAAAGACUCAAACUGAGACCAUUAGUGAAGACUUGAAGAAGAAGUGCUGUCCAUCCAAGUGUUUGCAGAAGAUUCCCACAAAUGCAGUUUUUUCCAUCAGGAAGCAGUUUUGGAAACUGGUCAUCACGCAGCAGAAUCAGGAGAUUGCAAUUCACCGUGGACAAGUUUGUGCAGAACAGUGUGUGUUGGCUGGAAUUUUAGUGUGCAGUGAAUGCUGGCGUAUAGUUCAUGGAGUGUCUAGAUCACGAUACAUAGAGCAGAAGUAUGCCAAGAAUCCAUCAGCUGAUCGAAGGAUAGGCAUGAAGUAUGGCCAUGAGCGUGUUUCCCAUUUGUCCAAUUUCCUUUCAUCUCUGGGAGACAAACAAGGAGAACAGAUGCCAGACAGGGCCAAGAUCAUGCUUCCCACUUGCAUGACCCAGAAGAGUGCCUAUAAGGAGUAUGCAGACGACCAUGAAACCCCCUUCAGCUACAGGCAUUUUCAGAGGGUGUGGAAGGAGAGAUGUCCUGAUAUGAAAGCUUCAGAGCGAUCAGCUUUCACUGAAUGCAAAGAAUGUUCCAUGUUCAAGCAGCUGAAACUCAGCAAGCUGACCAAAGAGCAAAGGGUGAAACUCCAGCAACAGAAAAAGGCACACUUGCUGAUGGCACGAAUAGCCAGGGAGAAGUACUACAAACAUUCCAAAAAGGCAGCAGAUCGUCCAGACAAAUACUUGUCUAUUAUAAUAGACAACAUGGACCAGGCAAAAACCAAUCUGCCCAGAUUCCCUACAUAUCAUAAGGGAGAUGCCACUCUAACGAGAGUUCACCACCAUGUGACUGGCGUUCUGGAGCACGGUCAGAAGAAACCCUAUCUGUUUACUUGGACGGACAAAUUUCCAUGUGAUGCGAACAUUACCAUCAACUGCCUCCUCAAAGUGCUAGAGGAUGUUUCCAAUGACAUGUCGCUUCCUCCAACUCUUUACAUCCAGGCAGAUAAUUCAGCCAAAGAUAAUAAGAAUGUUAUUCUUAUGGGGUUCCUGGCCAGUCUUGUGCAACAACGAAUUGUUAAGAAGAUCAAACUCUCCUUCCUCAUGGUGGGCCACACUCACGAGGACGAGCUGUUUUCUCGGGUCUCUGUCCACAUCUCUAGGACCCCCAUCCAGACCCUGCCAGUGCUCCAGGAACUAUCAAGGGAGGCCUAUAACCCAACACCCCAUGUGGAGCAUUUGGAGAACAUCUGGGACUACAGGCAGCUGGGACUGUCCUCUAGUGUGCACUUAGUGGGACACAGUACCCCCCAUGUGUUCAAGUUUACCAGAGAGGGAGAUCAAGUCUUCAUGUCGUACAAGGAGUGGCCCCUGAAAUCCUCCCCUUACAAGAAGGUAGACGUCACUGGGCUGGCCAGUGCCUUCCAGGAGGACCCUGAGGCAAAGACACAGAUGACCGAGAAGGGAGGAAGGGUUUUCCAAGCCAUGGACGUGGACCUUCAGAAAUGGGAAGAUGGAGGCAAGCUUUCCUCUUCCGAUGUGGAGUGGUGGAGGCAACAUUUGGCAAGGGAAAGACAGUUUCCAGCACCUACAGCCAAGAAGGCCAGUGAAUUUCUGCACCACUCCAUGGGAGAGGACGGACCUGCAGUACCACUUCCAGCCAUGCAGGGACUGGAAAACCACAUAAGAAAUCUAAGAAGAGAGUCAACGGUCAAGGUGGUUAAUCGCAGGAGCAGAGACUGAGUCACCAGCUGGGACUUACUUUGCAGUGCUUAAUUUGAACUAAUUCAAUAAUAAAUUGCACAUCUUAGGAAGUAAACCUACUUGUAAAUUAGUGAUUUUGAACAUACAUAUCAAAAAUGUUUAACUGCGUAAUGAACUUCUUGUAAAUUAAGGUAUAAAUUUAUUUUGAUUCUAAAGCAUAAGUCUUAUUAGGGAAAGGAGCAAGUGAGCAAAAUUUAUUAAUUUCUGUAUAUUAUAUCUAUAAUAGCUAUUUUCUGACUUAUUUCAAAUGUUUUCUUGAUUUUUAAAAAUAAUUUCAUUGGGAUUUAUAGAAUGUCACCUUUACUAUUAAAGCAAUGAAAAGGGUUAGGCUGCUCUAAAUAUUUUAAGAGAGUUAGUUUAACCAUCACUUGGUUUAAUAAAAUGUUUAAGGAUGAAGGGUAGGCACAGGGCAAGGAGUUUAACCCAGUCUAAGAAUUAUAGCAUAAAGAUAUCCAAGUGGUAUAUUACCAUUAAAUACUGUAUAUUGGGGGUGGGAUGGGGGUGGGGGUGUAGGUUUUCUAAAUUUCUAACUUUGAGAUUGGUGACUGGUUUAGGUUAUGCUGUAAGGUAAAUAUGGGUAAGACUGUAGGACUACAAUUAUUAUUAUUAUUAUUGAUUAGAAUUAGUAUGGUAUCAAUGUACAUGUGUAUAUUUUGUUGAGUUUUAUAUUUAUCAAUAUGAUUGUUAUGUAUGCCUAUGUACAAGUUCAACAAAAACACUGAUGAUGAUAAUACACUAUUUUAUUAACUUGUUAUUAUUAUCUAACAAUAAUAUGCAUAUCAUAAAAUAUUAUUUGUUGUUUAUGCUAUGCUUUUAUGAUUACAUAAAAGGAAAAUUAAUGCUUAGUCAACAGUCUUAUGUUUGUUUUUUUAUUGUUGAGUGUAGUGUUGGUGGAGGUAGGGUAGGGUCAAAUCCUGAAAGUGCAGCUAUCACAUGUAUCAUGAAAUGGCGUUUCAGUCUUAUAUGUUCAAGAAAUUGCACAUAUUUAAAAGAAAGAGUUUCCCAUUCUUCAAUUCUCAUCAUGAAAACAAAAUGGAAAUAAGCAAGUUCAAAGAAUUGUGGUCCGUGUAAAUGGUGUGGUACCUAAAGAAAGGUCUUGACACAAGGAAUACACAUGUGAAAUUUGAAGUCAUAGCUCAGCUUAAUCAAAUGCUAUGGGCAAGGUUAAAGUUUUUGUGACAGAUGUCUAGACUGACAGAUUGACAGACAGACGAAUGAGAUUUAAUGUCCUCUCCCUUUCUCAAAAGCGGGGGACAACAAACGAUAUAC